AUGUCUUCCGGCGGGGAAUCCAUAGGUCAGCAUCUCGAUGCCACGGGUGACCGCGAGGUUGUUUACUGCCAUCAAUGUGAUCAUGAGUGGUAUCGGGAUCAGUCUGGCUUAGUCUGUCCGAAUUGUGACGGUGAAGCUACCGAAAUCGUUACACCAGACAAUGACCCUCGUUUGGCAGAUCUAACGGGUCCCGCUCACCAUCAUCAUCAUCACCACGGACACGACAGCGACGCAAAUGAUCCGGACGAGGAUGAUAUCGAGGAUCACCUGAUGGAUGGACACCCGGCGUUCCUUGGUCGCCGCGUGCUGUUUCGCGACCCUGAGGGUCCGGCAGAUGGCAAUCGCGGUCGUGCAAAUCCUGCCGAUGCAAAUCAAAUUUUGAGCAGAUUCCAAGAAAUGCUGGAGGGAAUCGGAGGCGGCCCCAGAUCCCCUGUUGGAAGAUCGGGGCCAGAGCAGCUCUUUCCGCCUCGCACAGAGAAUAUUGGUCCUGGCCGCAUUACCUAUACUCAAUUUUCGGGCCCUGGCUUUGGUGGCGUCACGACCUACACUUUCAGCACCAGCGGUGGUACGACGAGGAGUUCCUUCAGAAGCAGUUCUCCGAUGGCAACGCGCGACAGUGUGAACCAGGCGGAUCCAUUCCAAGCGGUUUUUGGUAACAUUCUUGGUGCCAUGAUUCCGCCUCCUCCGACCGGAGCUCGAAGCCCAGAUGCCGACGGGAACGCAUCGGGACAGCCUGGCGUACCUGGUGAGGGUAAUCAACCCGAGCCGCCAAUGCACCUGCUCCUACAACACCUCUUUAGCAAUUUUUUCAAUGCUGGUGGUGCCCAUGGUGAUGCAGUCUACUCUCAGGAAGCGCUAGAUCGCAUCAUCACGCAGCUCAUGGAACAGAAUCCCCAAUCAAAUGCUCCCCCGCCUGCUUCCGAAGAGACUAUAGCCAAACUUCCUCGAAAGAAAUUAGAUGAACAGAUGCUAGGACCGGAACUCAAGGGUGAAUGCACCAUUUGUAUAGACGAGAUGUCACUAGGAGAUGAGGCCCUCGUAUUGCCAUGCAAGCACUGGUUCCACGAGGAGUGUGUCGUCCUUUGGCUAAAGGAGCAUAACACCUGCCCCAUCUGCCGAGCUCCUAUUGAGGGCAAUGCCGCUGGCCAGCCAGACAACGCACAGAACGCCCCUAGAGCCGAAUCUUCAUUCAUGGGAGCGUCUGCUCCAGAACCACCUACUACUCCCAGACCGACUGCCGAACAGCGACGAUCGCAUCUGCGACAGCGUGGCUCAGAGCGUCUAGCAAGUAUCAGAGAUGAGGCUGUCUCGGGAGAUGCCUCUGGUAUCAAUUGGAGAAGCGCCUCAUCGCGACGGACAUCAGACUCCCCGCCUUCGGCCAGUUUUCAACCAGCAAACCGAAGAGUUCGAGACGGUUCUCCCACUGGUCGUCGAUCAUCACGGAGUGAGUCGAGCAGCGACAGAGGUUCGUCUGGCGGUGGCAGUCUCUUUAGCAGAAUAAGAGGUUCCUUUACUAGGGAUAGAAAUCGCCAAUAG